AUGGAGACUACUCAACAAAUUGAGAUGAUGAAUAAGAAACUUGAAAAACAUCAUGAGGAUUGUUGUACCACUUUUUUGACACCAAAAAAGAAGACAACUUCAUCUGUUUCCAGUGAAUUAGAAAUAUUAAAGGAGAAUGUUGGAUCAAGAAAUAUUACUAUGGAUUAUCUUAUUGGUCUUCUUAAGGAAAAGAAAUAUCUUAUGAUGUUUCCACAAUUUUUUCCUAACCUUGAUCGUCUUUUGGAUGAGGAAAUUUCACGUGUUAGAAUGUCUCUUUUUCAAUGUGAUUUUACUAAUAUUGAAUUAGAGCUUCCUGAACCUAAAGGUGAUGUUACAGUUGUACAGGAGAAAGUUUUUGUUCCUGUUAAAGAUCAUCCUGAUUAUAAUUUUGUUGGUAGAAUUCUUGGACCAAGAGGAAUGACAGCUAAACAAUUGGAACAAGAAACUGGAUGUAAAAUUAUGGUUAGAGGAAAAGGAUCAUUAAGAGACAAAAAGAAGGAAGAAGAGAAUCUUGGUAAACCAAAUUGGGAGCAUUUGGAAGAGGAGUUACAUGUUCUUAUUCAAUGUGAAGAUACACCUAACCGUUCAAAAAUAAAAAUUAAAAAUGCUAUUAUGCAGGUCAACAAACUUCUUGUUCCAGCACCAGAAGGAUCUGAUGAGUUGAAGCGUAAGCAAUUAAUGGAACUGGCUAUAAUUAAUGGUACAUAUCGUCCAUCCACCAGUCUUAAAUAUCCAAUCUCCAGUCCACGCCUCAUUCCUCCACUUAGUUCUAUACCAACAUUACCUGGUGGAAAUAAUAGAACAAUGUCUUGUCCAAUGUAUCCUAAUUCUCCAUUCAAUCCACCAUCUCCACUUGGUACACCACCACUAUCUGCUGGUAUGACUGAAAAAACUUCAUCACCAAAUCCUCUUCCACAAAUGAGAUUUGACUACAAUUCUUCUACUUUAGAUAGUCUUUUUCAUCAAAUGGGAAUAAAUGGAUUUACAAAUACCUUUUUAGCAGGAGGUGGUGGUUAUCCAACAACACCAAGUGUCUUUAAUACACCAACAAAUCAAGAGACUUUUACUUAUUUUCCUGAUAACAAGAAAUGUUGUAACAAACAAAGACGAUCCUCCACCUCAACAUCUUCUUCAACAGAUAAAAAAAGGACACCUAAUACAUCUGAAUCUAGUGGUAGUGGUAGUGUCAACAAAAAACAUCACUAG